UUUCGAGUCAAAUUUAUAUUUGCUUGAAUCCUAUAUGCUCGUUAUAAAUAUAUUAAUAAAUUUGAAAUUUAUAAAUUCAUUAUUAGACCUUAUCCCUUGAUUCUAAAUAUAGACAGGAAGUCAUGCAUUGUGUAAUUUUGGAACUCUGCUAACUAGAACCAGAAAGCUAUGAUCACUAAAUUUGCUUUUUACUUAAUCAUAGAUUCUUGCCUGCACUAAACAACAAGAAAACCCAAACUAACUAGUCAGCGUAAAAGGCUUUCAUUCUUUUUAUCACCACACAACACUUGAUGGUUGAUACAGAGGGCACAACAAUUUCAUUCAUACAUAACAGGCUCUCUGAUCACUUAAUUUGUGGGAAAAAUGGAGUGGUUAGCUGAGCGCCAUGCUUUUAGUGAAUCCAAAGGUUGUGUAAAGGAACUUGCAGAUGCUGGUAUAACUAAACUCCCUCCAAUGUUUAUUGACCCGAAAGCUAAAUUUGUUGAUCCCCGUCCCCGUAACUUAACUGUCCCGGUUAUCGAUUUGAAACACGUUAGUACAGAUGCAGUUCCGAGGGCCAAAGCAGUGGAACAAGUGCAACAAGCGUGUGAGAAGUUUGGUUUUUUCCAGCUAGUCAAUCAUGGUAUUCCAGCCAGUGUGAUGGAUGAAAUGUUGGAGGGCGUAAGGCGAUUUAAUGAGCAAGAUUCUGAGGUUAAGAAACAGUUUUAUUCGCGUGACAAAACGAGGACCUUUUCUUUUUGUAGCAAUUUUGGGCUUUUUAGCCGUCCAGAGAUUAAUUGGAAGGAUAGCAUUCAUGCCAUUAUGGCUCCGAAUCCUUCAAACCCUGAACAAUAUCCGCCAAUUUGCAGGCAUAUAAUGACAGAGUAUGCUAGCUAUGUUAUGGAAUUGGGGAUUUCUCUGUUAGAAUUGUUUUCCGAGGGCCUCGGGCUCCAGAAAAAUUACCUAAAAGAGAUGGAUUGUGCCAAGGGGCUUGUACUCAUGGGGCAUUACAGCCCGAAAUGCCCUGAACCAGAAUUAACACUUGGUAAUAGCAGUCAUACCGACAAUAGCUUCUUUACAAUACUUCUACAAGACCAGAUUGGAGGACUCCAAAUACUCUAUGAAAAUCAGUGGUUUAAUGUUCUCCCCAUGCCAGGAGCUCUGCUAGUUAAUAUUGGUGAUCUUAUGCAGCUAAUCAGCAAUGACAAGUUGAGGAGCGUCAAACACAGAGUGCUGGCUAACAGAAAUAGCAAGGCAAGGAUUUCAGUAGCAUGUUUUUUCAGAGAAUAUGGAAAUGAAGCAAGAAAGUAUGGUCCAAUAAAAGAGUUGAUAUCAGAUGAAAACCCCCCAAUCUACAGAGAAAUGACAAUGGAAGAAUUUUACAAGUCUGGAAAUGAAUAUAAAGUUGAUGCACUUUCAUUUAGUCGUCAAAAGUAAUCUCAUGUACGUCAAUUGUCGAGCAUCGCUAGCAGAGUGUAUAUGCAUCAGUACUAAACUUUUCUUGUGUAUUUUUUAUUUUGCAAAUCUAUCUUCUAAUUUUUAAUUGAAAUUUAUCAUUUACGAAAA